UAAGAGCACAGUAAGGGGUACAGCUGUGGAUCCCCACAUUUAUAUAGCGUCAUUUUUGUGACACUGUACAACAAUAAUUACAGUUUUUGCAUUACUGGGAGGUUGGGGUAAGGGUAGACAAUUUAACAUACAGUCCGUAGAUAAAAUUACGUAUUGAUUUUAUAAAGGGGUCUAAGUCUUCUCUGUGUGGGUUUAUGACUCUUGGUGGCACAAAGCCUGUGCCUGUGUGACACCUCACUUAUCUAGAGGUAAGCCAGAGAUGGUUGCCCAAACUUCAAAAGACAUUCCUGUCCCCCCUUCCUCCCGAGACACACAGACACACAGGGACACACACACACAAGGCUCCCGACGCUGAAAUGGACUCAGAAAUCCUGAAUCAGCCCAAAAGUAAAUGUUAUGUGUUUGUAAACUUAGUAUUUCAUUUCAGACUUUUCUAUCAUGUGAAUCUCUCUCUCGUGCCCUUUUUAAGACACUAUACCAGCUAAGAAUGUGUGAAUCAUGUUGAUGUAUUUCUUAAAACUGUCGUGUUUAAUACCGUAAGGUUUCUCCUGCCAUUUUACAACACAUGAUGUGUAGCGCGUGAUCAUAAUCUAUACAGCUUAAAUGAUUUAAUGCUCUGAGUCAAUGUCUCUUCACAUGCUUUCGGGCGGAUCCUUAUUUUGCAUAUUAGCGGUCCAGAGACAAAGAAAAUCUCCCGCUCAAACUUUGCCAGGAGACCAUUGGUCAGUCAGUAGUUGACAUGCCACCACAGUUUAAAACCCAGCUGCGCGCACAACUCUGCGUAGAAGAUCCAAAAGAAGCUUUUCAAAAGGUGCGCCCCCCAUUUGAGGGGGCAAACCGCAUUUCUGUAACUGCAUGGCUCGUCCGAGCCCACGUUUUCUUAUUUUUUCAGCAAAGUAAAACUCAGUUUAAAGUUGCGAUCAUGUAUCCUCCGACCUGCAUUGCAAACUCCACGCAUCAAGAAAGGACAUCAAAGGACUCCGUACCCGAGUGCAUCGGAAGAAACUCACAAAAAGAGAGAGACAGAAAAAUCCUAAAACUCCAGUUCCUCUCUGUUCAAAGCUCCAUGGACUCGAGUGAUGGUGUAUGGAUUCAGUCAUAAAGUGCAGCGUAAUGGCCAGCUGAACCUGAUGGGGGCCGUGUGUUUCCCGCUGGACGCCUCUCCGUCCAACACCGGCCUCACUUCUCCACCCACAGCCAACCAGUAUCCUAGCAUCAUCAUCCCCACCGACAAAGUGCACAACAAAUUGGGCGUGUCUCCCUCUCCUGGUGCAGUGCUGGUGUUGCACUCGUUGCUUCUUGAGUUUCCAUUGGCGAUGGCCUUCGCUGAACAGCUGCUAACCUACAGUUUAGGAGAAACAAUAGAGCGCUCUGAGGAUGAGCUGGACACGGUGCCCACUUCUGUGCUCAUUCAGGUCGUGGAGCUGCUAGGACGGGACCAGCAACCAGAUCCUGUGGUCCCCACGAGCCGCUUUAUUGAGCUGAAGACACUGCUCGUGAGCAAUCUGCACCCAAUGGUCACCGAACAACAGCUUAUUGAAAAGUUUGGUGCAUUGGGGUCCAUCUCGACUGUGCAAGUGUGCAGAAACAACAUCAUCUCUCCUGCUUAUGCCUUUGUGACUUUCCAUCAUCGACGUGAUGCAGUGCGAGCACAAAAAGCUCUGAACUUCACUGAUUUACUGAAUAAACCUCUGAUCAUCAUGUGGGGCCCAGACAAGACAAUUGAGGUCCUCUCAGAUAAUGACAGCAGCUCUCCAAGACAAACAGAGGAGAGAGAGACAGCUGGAGAAACAGAGGAGAGAAAGACCAGUGGAGAAACAGAGAGAGAGGCCGCUGGAGAUACAGAGGAGAGAAAGACCAGUGGAGAAACAGAGAGAGAGGCCGCUGGAGAUACAGAGGAGAGAAAAACCAGUGGAGAAACAGAGAGAGAGGCUGCUGGUGAAACAAAGGAGAGAGCGAACAGCGAGUCUUCAUGGGGAAGAAGGAUCUCCAACAAUGUGAAAAGUGCUAUGAAAGCUGCGUUGAGCAGUCCAGCAGCCUGGGUCGGAGUCGGCAUAGGUGUCUGUGCUGCUUAUGCCUACUUCAGGAGCAGGAGCUAGUGUGGACACAUUCUAAAAGACGAGAAGGCCUGCCUCACGAUCUCCACUCAUCAUCCCCAGAGUGACCAAUCACUGCUCCAGAAAGAACUUGAUUUCCCCAGCAGGCCAAACACUUGCAAUAAAUGUGAAUUGAAUAAAC